AUGAUCGCGUUCAGUGGAGGCAUCGAGAACGAGGGUCUCGAAGCGUUCGAGUGCAAGAUGAACGGCGAUGUGCGCUGCGUGUACAUCGGCAGCAACCUCUCCGUCGAGGAGAUGAUGAAGCGGGAACCGAGACCGCUGCUGGCGAAGCUGGAGGAUGAUCUGAACUCGAACCAGCUGGUAGACUCUUGGAGAGAGAUCGAAGCGCGGCCGAGGCUCAGGCCGCCGUACAGCUACAAGCUCGAGAGCAGCGCCCACGCUGAGUUGUUUCGCAAAGUCCUUGAUCACGCAGGCAGCAUCCACAGUCUGAUCGGCGGGUUGCGCGAGCUAGUGUACGCAGCGGUCGAAGGCGCAGUGGCCAAAUUCAGUCAGCAAGCUGCGAGAAACAAUGCUUAUCGGCGCAUCCAAGUCAACUGCAACUGCCCCAGCCACCUCGACACAGCCAAGACGUCUAACAUCCCGCUUGAACUCGCCGCGCAGAGACCGGCAAUAUGGCCGCACCGAAGUGUCAGGAGAAUUGUAGCAAAGACAGUUGUUCUCCUCGCUCAGGAUGCGCCGUGGGUGCCGGGGAGCACCGUUGUGGUGACCGUUGGCACCACUGCUCGCCCGUCGACAGUGAUAAACAGCUCACUUUCCCGCGAAGAACUUGGUUUUGAGUUUUUCAAUCUUAUGCCGUAUGCUGAAGGACAGUUGUACGCUGGUGCCAGAGAAGCACGUUGUGCAAAGGUCGAUGAGGAGGAAGCACUCGCAACUCACACGGUACAAUUUUCAGCGCAAUCUUCAUGCCCGGUUUUUACGAAGGGCUCCCCGACAAAAGCCAACCCCAGCCCCUUGGUGAUUUGCUCGUCCGUCGCGUUCGGCAGGCCGUACGCAGGCACGGCAAAGGCUUUGAUCGUCUGGAAACAGCGACGCAGUGCCGCCACGAGUUGA